CUCGCCGGCUUGAACAUAGGCUGUUCGGAACAGCGGAGCGCGGAGGGGAAGCGACUGGCAGUCAGAUAAAAAGGGGGAGGAGGUACGAUUUCGCGCGUUCAUCGCGAUUCUGAAUUAUUUUUGACAGAUUCAGCGGCACAGUAUCGGUGUCGCCGGUCGGAUAAUCGAAUUAGGCGAAAGGUGUGCGCUGUCCACGAGAGGCCGAUGAUGUCCGCGAUGGGUAAGCCGGUGCUUUACUCCUACUGGCGGAGUUCUUGUUCCUGGAGGGUAAGAAUUGCAUUGAAUCUAAAGGAAAUACCAUAUGAUAUAAAGCCUGUUAGUCUGGUGAAGAGUGGUGGAGAACAACAUUCCAAUGAAUUCCGUGAAAUUAAUCCAAUGGAGCAAGUCCCUGCGCUCCAUAUUGACAAUCAUACCUUGAUAGAGUCUCUGAAUAUCUUACAAUACUUGGAGGAGACGAGGCCGAAUCGUCCAUUGAUGCCAGCGGAUCCUGUCAAGAGAGCUAGAGUGAGAGAGAUUUGCGAAGUAAUUGCCAGUGGCAUACAACCAUUGCAAAAUCUCGUUGUUCUAAUCUAUGUCGGAGAGGAACGUAAGAAGGAAUGGGCGCAGCAUUGGAUCACGAGAGGAUUCACAGGUAUUAUGAUGAUAAUAAAAAAUUGUACUCAGGUAGCAAACUGAUUUAUUUGUCGUUAUUCUAACGUUAUUCUGAUUCAAAAUGUCACAAAAAAUGUUAUUUGGCAAAUAAUGUUAGCUUGUUACAUUAAUAGUAAUUGUCGAAUUGUAAACUUGCAAUAAAAGGCGAAUAUAAAAUUUUUUUCACGAAAACCUUCAUAUUUCAAAUUUAAAUAAAUAAUAAAUUUUUAAUAAAUAAUUAUAAAUGAAAAAGCGUUAUUUUGUAAAUAGUUACUUUGUACGUCUAGUGUAUCGCCUUUAAAUGCUGGUAAUAUGAAAAACAGGGAUAUUUGCAAUUAUAAUCAUUUAUUGAAUAUCAAGAUUGUCGAGAAAAACAUUAGAUAACAUCGCGAUCUUCGCGUGUAUUAAAAAGGAAACGACAUGCCUAGUCAUUAAUAUACAAAUAAUUGUUUUAAUAACAGGU